UAAUAAAUAGUUUUGAAGAGGCGAGGCAAUUCUUUUGUGGAGCUGAUAUUGAAUAUAAGGAUAAACUUGUUUUAUUAAUUAAAGAAGAAGGACUUUUGGCUUUAGAAAUGCAACACCCCUAUGUUCAUAAAUUAAAUCAGAUGGGGCAAUCCACAAAGCUUUAUUUAUAUAAAAAAUAUCUCAAUUAUAAUCACAAUAAUUAUAAAUCUAAAAGUGCCGAAAAUAGAAUAAUUAGUGAAUUUAUAUUUAAUCAAUUUAGAAAAAUUGAAAGAUUUGAUGAUGAAAUAAUUUUAGAAAAUAAAAAAUUAUGUGAGGUUAUAAAUAUUAAAACAAAAUGGUUGAGAACGAAAAUUUUUGAGAACGACCAAUUUUCUAAAAAGACCAUCUGUUUGUUGAAUAGGUAA